AGCUGGUGCCGUUGUAAUGGUUAUUAGAAUUCCUGCCUAGGGUCUCGUUUCAGGGAGUCUGUGCCCUGCUCAGUCUGUGGAGAUCUUCAACAAGAAUUGCUUUCCUUCACUCAUUCACCUCACUGGCAAAUACGAAUUGAGCCCCCAGCGUGUGUCCAUAUAACUGCACAGGUACCAGAGAUAUGCAGGCUGGGGCAAACCCUCCUGUCUCUGGGGAACUUCCUCCAAGACUCUUCUAUAAAAUGUAACUAUGAUAUGGAGCAAAGGAGAGUCUGAGCUCUGUGAAUUUCUCAGGACCCAGGAGGACCUCUGAGCGGGUAAGUGCUUUCCCUGUUGCAGUGGAGCUGACUUUGGGUAAGUGUUCACUCUCUGGGGAGGCAACUGGUCCAGGCUGAGAAGUUAGGGAGGGCUAGCUGGGACUGUGUGUGGCUUCCAGGGGUCAGCAGGGAUGAGACUUCCCAUCCCUGCCUUUCAUACUCCUUCUGAGGCAUGUGAAAGCUCUCCCUGGCUGGGGAAGGCAUGGCAGUGUGUGUGGCUUUCAGCGCUUUGAGCAAGGGACAUGCUCCCUAAGCACUAUGUGCUCCUGGAAAGGUCAACCAACACUGAUUCUCGGUUCUCUCGUUUCACAGACUCUGAAGGGCCUGUUAAGUACAAACAUAUAAAGGUAGUACUCCCUUCUUCAUGUGAGGCCCAUAGGAAAGCCAGCCUUGGCUAUGUGUCCAUUCAGAAAGGGUCCCAGCAUCCUGGGGCUUCAGGGGCUUCUUGUCAUGCCUUCUCUUUCUCUACCCCACUCCCAAGGUGUGUGACUAUGUGUGUGACACACUGUAUUCUUCAUUGCAGGACAAAGCCAAGAUGAAAGUCCCCCUACUUCUGGCUCUUCUAUUUGGGGCAGUUUCAACUCUUCAUCUGAGGACUGUGAAAUCUAACUCUGAGAGCUUCUUGGGAGAUGAGAUCAUGCCUCAGGAUGGGGAGAUGCCAGAAAAUGAGCCAAAGGAGGCUCCUACGGGGGAGCUGACACCGCUGGAGAAAGAAGAGGAGGGGUACUCUGGAACGGAAGAUGACCCUGAGGAGGAGGGAGCUGUAGAGUGUGACUCAGCCCUGGAUAAGGAGGAGGAGGACUUUCAGUGCCCUAAAGAAGAGGACAUAGUGAGACUGGAGGGCAGCCCUGGGUGCAAAAACUGUCCACGUUUCCUCCUGGUGGGGCAUUUCAGGACAUUUAAUGAAGCUCAGUGUGUUUGCCAGAGGUGCUACAGAGGCAACCUCGCCUCCAUCCACAGUGCCAGCUCAAAUUGCCAGAUUCAGAACACAGUCCGAUAUCUCAACCAGGGCCAAGUCUGGAUUGGAGGCAGGGUCACAGGCUGGGGUCCCUGCAGACAAUUCUCCUGGGUUGAUGGCAGUUGCUGGAACUAUGCAACCUGGGCUGCUGGCCAGCCUUCAUUCUGUGGUGGCGGAUGUGUGUCCUUCUGUACCCAAGGAGGCCAGUGGCGUCUAGAUAGUUGUGAAAGGCAGCUCCCCUUCAUCUGUGCCUACUAAACUGGACCCAGCCAGGAGUCCAGAGCACCAGCUCCUGGGUAGCUGCCUCCUCUCCCCACGUGCUGUCCCUGCUUCUAGCCCCCAGCAAUAAAACUGCU